CUCUAUUCUCCCCGUCCCAUCCCAUCCCAUCCCAUCAUCACCGCCCUCGCACCCUCUCACCCCAUCCCUACUCCUAUCUUGACAAUUGAACCCUCAGACCCUUGGCGCCGCCAGAACCGCGCGAGAACCCUUUUCUUUCACUGCCCCCCUGGUCAUCGCCAUCACGGUUGCGCCCGGGUGCACGCGCUGUUACCCUCCGAGACCCAUACGCCGCCGCGACCCGCGACCGCCGCGACCGCCGCAACUCCUGAAAAAGAGGCCGGCCAGGGCGAGCACCAGCGUCAGCAACAGCUCUUCAUCCUCUUUCUCGUCACCUCACAGCGACACAACGCGCAACCUCGCCAUCCUCGCCUCUCUCUGCAACCCAUGCUGAGCUCCUGAGCUUGCACGCACGCACGCACACGCCAUGCCUUCUUCGCCUUCAACGGGCAAGCGGCCGCUCUCUAACGUGGCGGCCGCCAACAAGGCAGCGUCAUCGAGCAAGCUGGUCACGCCGCCCCCGGCCGAGGAUGCAGACGAUUCCAUGUACUCGGACAGCGGCAGCGGCAGCGACUCCGACGAGGACGACGAAGCUGCGAACCUCGAAAUGGACGGCCAAGAUCUCUGGACACAAAAUUACUGUUCCGUCUGCGAUUGCCUCAUCGAGCCUGGCCAAGGCGUUGGGCCGCGUAGAGAGGGAGACGAUGAGCCGCCCAAGACGUCGCCCAGUGCUAGUAGCGCCGCCACUCCUACGGCUCCUCAGUCGCCGCCCCUGAUGAGGAGCAAAGCGGGUACGAUCAAGGGACGGCCCGCGAAACGAAAUGGGAGCAGCGCACGGCUCAAUGCGCUGAGCGAUCUCAAGCCGACGACGAAGAUCACCGGGCAAAAGGACGCAACGUCUGCAACGUCGGCAAAGAUGUCUCGACGCAGCUCGAAUACCAGCACGGCAAGCAGCACCCAAUCGACGGGCAGCGAGUCGCCCAACAAGCUGCAGCGCACAAAGAAGGGCGGGCUACUCGGCUCGCUCACGCCUGCGGCACUUCGUCAGCAACAGGAAGAGCUCCUCAAGGCCAACGCCCCUCCUGCCCUCUACUGCUCGGAGCGAUGUCGCACCAUCGACGAGCAGCAACAGCGUCAGCUGAGCGCGCGGGGAGCACAAGAAUUGGAUCUCUACACGUCUCAAGCCGGCACCCUGCCCGGCGUGUACGCAUCGGACGCACCUGCACGCCCCUGGCCCCGUACACCCAGCAUGACCUCCCUACCAGCCGCAACCGCCGCCGCUUACCUGGCCGCAGCAAACAACCGCACGCCCGAGAGCGACUACGGAGGACCGUGCAUGUGUGCCGACUGCAUGGACAAGACGAGCGCGAGCGGAACCGUACCCAGCGGAGCGAGCGAUACGACGGAGAGCAGCGGCGGCUACCCGUAUACGCGCAGGGCGACGGGCAAGCAGCGUUCCCAGUCGGGGCGACUCCUUACACCACGCGACCUCUACCCGCGCGACGAGGGCGGCGAUCAGGACGGCUAUUUCCCCAGAGUGUCGAGGAGUAAGGCUAGGACUUUCUCGCUGGAGAGCGGCGAGCGAGCUGCGUCGGCCGUGAGCGAGGAGAGCAGUACGCAUAGCAGCGGCUCAUACGCCAGUCUGUGGGAACCGCGCAUCCGUCGUGCCAACAAGGAGCAGCAGCAUCAAUCUGAGCCGGACACUCUGCGCCUGCUUCGCCGCGCCUCCCCUUCGGUCGACGUCGUGACUAGCAGUCCGGGCGGGACGAAGCUGGCCUUUGGGACCAGCAUGACGAGCGAGAGGACGCUGGGUACGAGUGCCAAUACGCUGGUGCACCCGGACCAGCAGCAGGAGCGUGCAGGGCACAGGAAAGCUCGAUCUUUGGCGGUGAUGACGGGUGAGCAGCAGCAGCAGCAACGCGAGGCGGCGGGCGUGGAUACAUUGACGGCCGAGCGGCUGAGCAAGAGCUAUGCGAGCGAUGCGGGCAUAGACGCCAUGGCCACGCUGCGCGCUGCGCGAGACAGUCGCGGAGGAGGGGAGGACUCGCGCAGGCACUCUACGGCAUCGACGAGCGGAUGGUUGCGCAGCUUAAGCUCGGCUUGGACGACAUUACGCAGCGCAAGUAGCACGACGAGCGUACCGCAGCUGCUCCUACCGGGCGGCGAGGCGGAUCAAUCGCGCAGCGACCUCAACAGCCCGAGUGUCUCUUCCGCCAUCACCUCGGCGUCGUCGCGAGGCUCCCGCUCGCCUCGCUCGCCGCGCUCGCCACGAUCCGAAGAUGGCAGCAAUGCGUUGUCUCGCUCCGCAGCUUCGGAGAGCUUGUCGCGCGUGCUGAGCUCGACGCACCUCGCCAGUCCCGUAGCCCGUCCAGGCGCCAGUCGCGGUCACGUUCCCGCUUUUGCGAGCGAGAUUGGGCGGGGCGAGAUACCAGGAGAUGCGGGCGGCGGGGACGCGGGUGGGGACGCAGGAGAGGAAGCGGGCGAGCACGAAGAGCUACAACGUUGUCGCCGCCGUCGCAAGGCAGAGCAUCGCCAUCAACGCAGCAAAGACGUGACCGUGCUGCCUCCUCUCCUCGCACCGAGCAAUCGAUCCAGCACAGCCCUCUCUGCGCAGCAUCGCGCCAACAGCUACGCCAACCUGACGACGAGUCGCAACCGCAGCCAGUCGGGAUCGCGAGGCGCAAACUCACGAGGCGCAAAUUUUACCGUAGGAAGUGCAGGAUCCUAUCGCGACACGCACCAGCACGCAACGCCACCGACACCUACGAGUGCCACGGGUGUUGGCGGUGGGGAUGAGUCGAUGCGCUCCCCUUUGCCUCGUACCGCAAGUCAGCAAGACGUGGUGUAUCGUCCCAGCAUGAGCCCACGAAGGUCAGGAGGACUGCUAGGCGCUAUGACCCCUAUUACGGCGGCUCCCGCUCCACGCCACCAUCACGUUCACCACGCGCAUCGACCUCACGCCGCUCCUCGCACCAGCGCGAGUGGGCAUCGCCUCAGCACGGGCAGCAGCGGCGGCGGCGGUGGCGGCGGGCAUGCGCUGGGCCAUGUGGGAAUGCUCGGUCACCACCCGCAUGGCUCCAACCCCGCGUACGGGCGACACAAUACCAUGCCUGUGCGCACCAGCACGCCCAUCGUCCCCGAGCACGGCGGAGAGAUGAGCGCAGAGGCACUCACGGCUGUGGUGCCCGAUCCGCUCGUGAGGCCCCAGAGUGCCAUGAGCCAGCGUCACCUCCGCGCCUCGUACAUUGCGCGCCCACGCAGCUCGGCGGCGCAUCGGCCCGUGAUCGAGGCGCGUCAGCCUCACGUCGUCGAGUCGCCUGCCCCUCCUCAUCGCGGCUGGUCGUACGACAACCUGGCGGGUGCGGGUGCCGGGGCUGCGAAUGCGAGCAAUGCCAAGACGUACCACGUCCUUCAGGUGCCACAUCGUCGCGAGACGCACGAUCGGUACGACGAUGCGUACGGGCAAGGGGGAGCGAUGCUCGAGUUGAUUGGGGGCAAGGAGCUCGCUGAUAGCGCGGCCGAGGCUCAGAGGCAGAGGAGGGAGAGCGAUGCGGGUGCGGCGCCCGGAGAGGGGGGCGGGAGCGGGAGGAGGAAGCAGUUGUUCCAUUUUGGGGCGUAGGCGAGCGAGAGGGGAGAAGCGACGAAGAGAGUGUGUAUAUAUCGACGAGAGAGACGAGCAUCCCCCCCGCCACGACAUCUGGACCAUCUUUUUCUCCCAUCAGUCACCACAUCAUCAUGCCCUGCGGCCCUAAUGCUUCUUUCAUAUGUACUAGCAUAUCAUUGAGAGAGCGCGAACUUUCUCACAGUAGUAAUCUUCAUGAUGCCGAGUCACCAUC